CUUGAUUCUUUUCUCUGUUAAAACCCUGAGAUUAAUAGAACUCUUUGCAUUCUCGCAAGGAGACUGAGAAAGAAUGGAGACCGCGGGACAAUGGCUAGAGGAAGCGCUGGUGGAUCUGUGCAAGAGAGUCAAGACGGGAUUGGAUUUGGACCGGGAGAUAAUUUCGGGUUUAGUCUCCUAUUGUGAAUUCGCUCAACCACUCGACGCCAAAGAGUACCUCGACAAUAUUAUUGGCCAAGAAGUGGGCAAAAGCGUGAUUGAGGAGUAUCUUCGACGCAGAGGUCACUCAGAGCUCUGUAGCAGCACUCCAGAUGUUACAACUUCUAAAUUACAUGCCUAUGUUAAACCACGCUCUGGUGAUGGAUCUGCUAGUGGAUUCAAGAAACCAUCGAAAACUCCAAAAGAGGUUACAGGCCCCAGUUAUCAGGCUAAACCUAAAACGGUUAUGGCCUCAAGUUAUCAGGUGGAACCAAAAAAAGGUGCUAACUCCAGUUAUCAUGAAAACCGGGUCUCAGCUGAGAGCAGUGAGUCAAGAACUGUGAAUAAAGGGAACCAAACUAGUAGCAAAAAGAAGAAAGCUGGAAAAGUUGUUUCUCUUGCUGAGGCUGCUAAAGGUUCAGUUGUAUUCCAACAGGGAAAACCAUGCUCUUGUCAAGCACGUCAGCACAGAUUGAUCAGCAAUUGUUUGUCUUGUGGCAAGAUAGUUUGUGAACAAGAGGGGGAGGGACCUUGCCAGUUUUGUGGUGCCCUUGUGCUGAAGGAAGGAAGCACGUAUGCUGGUCUGGAAGAAAGUUUAGCUCCCCUAUCAGAUGCUGAAGCAACAGCUGAGGCUUAUGCAAAAAGGCUUGUUGAAUAUGACCGAAACUCUGCAGCUCGUACAACAGUUAUUGAUGACCAAAGUGACUACUAUGAGAUUGAGGGAAAUAGCUGGCUUUCUAAGGAGGAAAAGGAACUUUUAAGGAAGAAACAGGAGGAGAUUGAGGAAGCUGAAAGGGCCAAUCGAAGUAAAGUAGUUGUGACUUUUGAUUUGGUUGGUCGCAAGUUAGAGGUUGGGCUCGGUGAAGUGCAAGAUGGGCUACACCGGAUGGAGCUCGGCAUGACGGACAGGCUACGACAUUUGGAAGAAACUCUUAACCGUCUCUCUGAUGUACUGCUUGCAAACCAGGAGCCUCCAAACCAUGGCAACCAACACCGUGAAGGCCACGAUGGGGGACAGCUUGUUGUCUCCUCCAAGACAGCGAAGCUUGCAUUUCCUAUAUUCUCAGGAGAUGAUCCAGCGGAGUGGUUCAAUCGUGUGAACCAAUUCUUUGAAUUCCAGAAUACUUCCGAAGCACAGAAAACAGGCUCUUUACGUGAUUACCAGCGAGAAUUUGAACACUUGGCCAAUCGGGUACGAGGAUGGACUCAAAAGGCUCUGGUUGGGACAUUCAUGGGUGACUUAAAUGCUGAAAUUGCCGAUGGGAUUAGAAUGUUUAAACCGCAAUCCCUUAAGGAUGCCAUUAACUUGGCACGAAUGAGAGACGAACAACUCACACGGCAGCGGGAGUUCUUACAACCACCCCCACCUGCACGAGCUCCUCUAGCUCUUCCACCAGCAGCUCUUGUAGCUCCCGCAGCACCUGCUGAUCCGAUCAAGCGAUUAUUAUGGGAGGAAAUACAGAGGAAGAGAGCACAAGGUCUCUGUUUCAACUGCAAUGAACGUUUUACAGCAGGCCACGGAUGUCAAAAACUGUAG